UUCGAAGAUUGGAAAAAACCGUUGGCAGAAGUGUAUAAUAUCUCAAGGGGAUUACUUUGAAGGGGGAAAAAUAGAUAUUCAUGAAUAAAUAAAUAAUUUUUGAAAAACACACAAAAUUUGCGAUACUUUUUGAACACACCUCGUAUAAUGUCGCGUGAUAUUCGUACUGAAAAGUAGUUUUCACUUUCCAAACAUGCAGUCGAUUACCUACACAUCGCCAAAUAACAAAUAUUGUUAAAACAGAAACGUGAUUUAGUUUACAGCUGCAUUACAAAUACACAUUUAUGGAAUACUCCAAUAUCACACACAUGUGCACGUCCGCCAAUGUAAAAUCUGUACGAAUACAUACAUAUGUACUUAUGCCAGCGUAGCUUUGUUUGCCAUGAAUGACGGAAAAUAUUUGCCUUUAAACAAUUCAAAAUUAUUACGGCUUGCAGUUACAGAUGCUUAAGUAGAGUAGUAGACACAAGCCCUCAUAUAAAUACAUAUACAUAUGUACCAUACAAAUAUUUAAUUUUUAGUAUUUUUUAAUCACAAGUAUGGUGUUUUUAAUAAUAAAUUUUUAUAAAAAAUGUCUCCAGCUUUAUACAACGACCAGACUGUUUUGGAUUAUUGUUAUAGGCAUCUCAUGUUGGAAUAUGACAGUAAUUUGUAUUUUAAUGUUAAAAAGGUUUCUUUCCGAUUCUAUAAGUAUAAGUGUCGAAACUUCAUUUCUACACUGGAAUAUUACGUUCCCAUCUGUAUCAAUUUGUUUAUCUAAAAGUCGGUCUAAUGUGGAAAUUAUGCGCUUUCUGAAUGAAAAGAAUAUUAAUUACAUAAAAAAUAUUCAUAAUUAUUUGUUCAUCACACCGACUAACAUUAAUACCAAAGAGGAUUACUGCCGAGGCUUCAACUCAACCUGUGGAGUAAAUAUUCAUAUUGCAAGAAAACAAUUGCUUACACAAUUCUGCGAAUCCAUUAUAACAGAUAUCACAUUUUUGGAACAUAAACAACACAACUGCGCCAAAAUAUUUAAAUUUCAUGAUCUUGAAAUGGGUUAUUGCUUUCUAGCCAAUAAUUUUAUGGAUUAUCGCAAUUUAGAUGAGUUGCCGUUACGACUUAGCCCGUUUGAAGCGAGGAAAUCAUUAAAACUAUUUCUAAAACAAGAAUCACUUUGGAAAUACGAGAUGUAUGUACAUAGCAACGAGGAUAUACCAUAUUUCGGGUUACUUUCACAAACUUUAGGGCAGGAUCAUAUAAGGUAUACUUAUAAUAUGGAAGAAAUGCUAAAUAGCUUGGCAGUAAAUGAUGAAAGCUUUGAAAAAAGAAAAUGCAAGUUUCCACACGAAACAAUUUAUGGAUCCACUUAUCACUACAGUUUUUCAACAUGCAUGUCUGAUCUCAGAGUUAUUUUGGAGUUAAAAUACUGUAAUUGCACAUUAUUCACAUCUCCGAUAAAAUAUUUCAAUUAUUUCUGUGAUUUUCGUGGAAUGUCAUGUAUAUCCAAAGUGGAUAUAACUUUUAAGGCAAAACAAAUCGCUAGAGAAAAAUAUGUAUGUUAUCCGUCGUGUUCGGAGCAGAAGAUUCAGUUUGUUGGAGAGCUGUAAUUAUUUUAUAAUUAAAAUAUGUUCAAAUCUAACUAAUAUAUCUGUAAAACUUAAAUAUAUUUUCAAAGGUAAAACACAUAUUAACCGAUUACAUUACACUAGAGUCUACCUAUCUUUGCAGUAAUUUUAGAAACCUUUUGAAUUAGUCAUCUUUACAAAACAAGUUAUAUACUUCUUACAAUGUACCGCUAAUUUAAGUUGCAUCUACAAAUGCCUAGUCAGAUAUUUUGCCGUUUGAAAAACAGUUUUUUUUUUUUAAUAUUGUUGCGAUUGGUCUUCACCCAAUAUUACAAAUAUCCUAUUUUUUAACUAUAUAAAAAAUUUGAUUAAAAUUUAAUUAAAAAUGUAUACAUAUCAAAGGGAAUCUAGUAAAAUGUUAUACAAAUCAUGUCAUAAUUUAGCUUUAAAAUAGGUAAAACGAUUCAUAACUGUAUAUGUAGGUACCGUAAGAGUAAAAUACUUUAAUUUAGUAAUAUUCUAAGUUCAUUCAUAUGUAUUUAGAAUAUAUAAUGAUUGUUGAUUUGUUAA